AUGUCAAUAAAAUCGCCUUGCUUGGAAAUAUUGCCAUUUAUAUUCAGGGAAGAACAAAUAAGUAAUAGAAUCCAAACAUUCCCAACAGAAACUAUGAAAAAAGCUUACCUAGAAUUGAAGGGAUAUUUUGAACAAUACAAAAUUUACGCAACGAAAUUAAUUAACUUUAACGGAUCGAUGAAUGAUGAACAUCAAAGGAAAGAAAAAAUGACAAUUAAACUGAGAUGUGAAUAUUAUGCUGUCCUCUUUUCACAGGCGUCUAAACUUUUAAAUGAAUACAUAAAUUUUAGAAACAGACUUAUACUCGAAUUAGCCAUUAAUGUAAAUGGAUUAAUUAAUUCUAUACAUCCAAAUAUAAUACAAAGACUUAAUGACGACGAAAAAAGGGAAUUAGAAAGAUGUUGUGAGAACAUCAGGAGUGAACGAAUCAAAUCGAAACUAGAAAAUAAAUUUACUGUAUGUUUUUUGAAUGACCUAAUUAUAGAAGACUUAAAUUAUGAGGGAAAUGAAAAUGAAAACGUAGCUCGAAAUGUUUUUUACGCGGCGGGAUUAAAAGUUAGUGUUUUUGAAGAUAAGGCACUAGAUUUACAAAAAUGUGAAUGGGCUAGAAUAUUAAGGGAUUAA